AAAAAGAAAACAAAAGCUGAAAAUAUUAAAUUAAAAAUAAAUAAACUAAAUUAAAUAAUAAUAACAAUAAUAACGACAAAGACAAUCUACAAUAGAAGGAAAACAAUUUUAUACAAGAUUUAAGUGAAAAUAGAGAGCAUAACAAAACAUAAACAAAAAGAAGACGAAGAAGAAGAAGAAGAAAAAGAAGAAGCAGUAGAAGGAAACGACGGUAUAUUAUUCUUUAAAUUUAUUUAAAUUCGUAUACAUAAUAACUACAACUAUACAACCACCACCCACAACAACCAACGGGAAUAAAAAUAGAAAGAAAAUGGAAGACAAUAACACAAGUACGCCAAUGAAACACGAAGAUCCAUCGGUCACAUUAACAAUAAGGCUGAUUAUGCAAGGAAAGGAAGUUGGCAGUAUUAUUGGCAAAAAAGGCGAAAUCGUUAACAGAUUUCGUGAGGAGUCUGGCGCAAAAAUAAACAUUUCCGAUGGGUCUUGUCCGGAACGUAUUGUUACGGUGUCUGGUACAACAAGUGCAAUCUUUUCGGCAUUCACCCUCAUUACCAAGAAAUUUGAAGAGUGGUGCUCGCAAUUCAAUAAUGAUGCUAGUAAAGCGGGUAAAACUCAAAUACCCAUACGUUUGAUUGUGCCUGCCAGUCAAUGUGGAUCGUUAAUUGGCAAAAGCGGUUCAAAAAUCAAGGAAAUACGUCAGACGACUGGCUGCUCCAUACAAGUGGCCAGUGAAAUGUUACCAAAUUCUACGGAACGUGCAGUCACUUUGAGUGGCACCGCCGAACAGAUAACCCAGUGCAUCUAUCAAAUUUGUCUUGUCAUGUUGGAGUCACCUCCUAGAGGUGCUACUAUACCAUAUAGACCAAAACCACAGGUAUCGGGACCCGUUAUAUUGGCCAAUGGUCAAGCUUUUACCAUACAGGGCAAUUACGCUGUGCCAGCACAAGAGACCUGCCCAGUAUUUCCACUUGCUUUGGCUACCGGUGGUCUUCACGCUGGUAUAUCGGGUUUAACGGAUCCUUUAUUAAAGGGCGCACAUUUGCCAGGAGCGGUACCAGCACACCAUCACCUACAGCAAUUACCCGAUGUGGCCAAGAAUCCACUGGCAAGUUUAGCUGCCUUGGGCUUAGCUGGCAUGGCUCCUGCCAAUACCGGUGGCUUAAAUCCAACAGUAGCUUUGGCUGCUCUAGCCGGUUCUCAGCUACGUACAGCCAAUACAAAUCGCGCCCAGCAGCAGCAACAUGAGAUGACAGUUUCAAAUGAUUUGAUUGGUUGCAUUAUUGGCAAGGGCGGCACUAAAAUAGCUGAAAUACGUCAAAUUUCCGGUGCCAUGAUACGCAUCUCAAAUUGCGAAGAGCGUGAAGGUGGCAAUACCGAUCGUACCAUCACUAUCAGCGGUAAUCCUGAUUCGGUCGCUUUGGCACAAUACUUAAUCAACAUGAGCGUCGAACUGCAGAAGGCAAAUCUCCAAGAGGCAAAUAAUGCAGCUAAUGGUACUGCAGCGGCUGGAGGACAGUCUAGCACCAACAGCAACACUAAUAAUACAACAAAUACAACUAAUUCAAAUUCAACUACAUCUACAACACUUAAUAAUAAUAACAAUAGCAACAACAAUAAUAAUAAUAAUAACAAUAACAACAACACAAGCACAGCAACAGGAACAAAUAAUACGAGCGUAUUGAGUACAACAAAUACAACACCAGCUUUAGCCAAUCCUUUGGCAGCUGCGGCUAGCUCAUUAGCUUCGGCUAUACCGCUGGCCCAACUCUUAACUAAGCCGGGGGCGUUAAACGCUCUAACCAGUUUGACAGCGUUGGGCAGUCUGUCUGAUUUAUUGGGGGGCUUGGCUACCCUAAGUGGUCCACCAAUUCAGACAACCGGCGUACAUCGUACGAAAAGUUUCGCUUCUUCGCGUUUCCGCAAUCAUAACUCGGACGGCAAUGCCGAGACCGAAAAAGCUCGUAACAAAUUUAAUCCAUAUUAAAUGCAUCUUAGGAAAAAAAUCAGAAAUUCUUCAAAAUACAUAUACUAAAAAAGCAAAAACAAAAGAAAUAUAAAAUAAAUUAACAUUAUUUUUCAAAUAAUGAUAAUGCAAAUGAAGGAAAGUUUGUUGUGGUACGCGCCAGACCUUGCUAGGCAAGUUAUUACGCAUGUGCAGAAACGGCACUAAAGUAAAUAAACAAGACACAAUUCGGAGAUUAAUCACAUCGUUGAUAAUUAAUAAUAAUUGGCGAUCAACGGGUAACGCACAUGAAAGGCGUUUAAAAAGAAUUUUUUUUAGAAAAAAAUUUUAUAGACAAAUUUUGAAGAGCCUUUGUUAAGUUAUAAGUUUAA